UUUAUUUCAAACUAAAUAACAAUUUACACAUUGUUAGUGCAAAACCCCGGCUAACCAGCUAUGCUAUCGCUAUAUAGCUAGCCAGUGUCGUUAGCUUGUGGCUAGCCGCUACUAUCCAUCCGAACAGCUGAAGCUAACGCUAGCUUGCUAGCAGCAUCACGACUCACCACGUUUGUAAGGUCCUGAACUGACUUGGGAUCAGUCUCAGCCAUUGUUUACUUCCAAAAAUAUAUAUUUAAAACCCCGCAAACCGGUCACGCAAUUUUCCUCAACAAAAAGAUGCUAGCACUCCGUCGCACUAGUCACUGCGCAGUCAGCUGGUCCGCAACACUAAAGAAAUCUCGCGAGAGUUGAGCGCGGCACUCAAAGGAAUGUGGGACUUUGUGUUUUUCAAGAAGGAACACGAGUAGGAGUGUGUAGUUUUUUGUUGUUAGGUUUUUUUUAUACUUUAUUUGCUGUACUUGAGGAGCCAUUAGUCAGGACGUGAAGCCGUGUUCUAUCUUUGUGUUUUUCCCGAUAAAUUGGCCGCACUAUUUAGCACCCACAGAAGGAGCGCGGAGUGUGCGUGUGCGUGUGCGCGCUUGUCGGCGUGCCCCCUCCUGGAGUUUGGGGUGAAGAUUGGAGGUGUCAGUGGAAACUUUGAAGAAGCACCAACUGUCUAUCUCAUUAGGAAAAGUGGAUAAAGACGCCAGGUUCCUUGGAUGCCGCUGAUCUCCUUGAAGGAUGGAUGCUCUCCAGGAGGAGGAGGAAGGGUCGUGGAUGCUGCUGUCCUGGCUGGCGUCCUGCCUCAUGGUGUUUGGGGGAUCCCUGCCCUACGUACCCCAAUACCAGGAGAUCCAGAGGAGCAGCAACACUGAGGGAUUCUCUACCAGAGUGUGUCUGGUGUUGCUUCUCGCCAACAUCCUGCGCAUCUUCUUCUGGAUAGGCAAGCAGUUUGAGGUCACCCUGCUGCUCCAGAGCGUGGUGAUGAUCCUCACCAUGUUUGCGAUGCUCCACCUCUGCAGCACGGUCCACAACGCCAACCGUGUGAGCACAAAGCAACACCGACUUACAGACUUGGAUCCACGCUACUUCUGGAGGUGGACUGCACUGGAGGACUACCUCCUGUUUUGUUUGGGCUUCAGUGUCCUGUGUGCUGUGGUCACCAUGCUGCUGCUGGACUACGCCGUCUUCGUGGAGAUGCUGGGCUCCACGGCCAUGAUGUUGGAGGCCAUGCUGGGCCUCCCGCAGCUUUUGCAGAACUUCCACAACCGCUCCACCAAAGGCAUGAGCCAACCCAGGAUUUGCUCUUUUCACUCGUCUGCCCAGUCGGCCUGAUGGCCCUCCAUCAACGCUUGUCACAAUUACUGGCUGCCCCCCCCCCCCAUCACGGUGCAGAGUGAGACCUCCAUCACUUUCUCCAUGACUCUCUCUGGUCUCCAACGACCGAGGAGGCUUGGUUUUUCACCCUGGUCUAGAUUUAUACUUCCACACCCCGCUAGCCUGUCAUCCAUCUCGUGUCAUUUUCCUCUCACCUCCGUCCACCCUCAUCUCCACCCUCAUCUCCGCCCUCAUCUCCGCCCUCAUCUCCACCCUCAUCUCCACCCUCAUCUCCACCCUCAUCUCCACCCUCAUCUCCACCCUCAUCUCCACCCUCAUCUCCACCCUCGUCUCCACCCUCGUCUCCGCCCUCAUCUCCGCCCUCAUCUCCGCCCUCAUCUCCGCCCUCAUCUCCACCCUCAUCUCCACCCUCAUCUCCACCCUCAUCUCCACCCUCGUCUCCACCCUCGUCUCCACCCUCAUCUCCACCCUCAUCUCCACCCUCAUCUCCACCCUCAUCUCCACCCUUAUCUCCACCCUCGUCUCCACCCUCGUCUCCGCCCUCAUCUCCACCCUCGUCUCCACCUUCGUCUCCACCUUCGUCUCCGCCCUCGUCUCCGCCCUCGUCUCCGCCCUCGUCUCCGCCCUCAUCUCCACCCUCGUCUCCACCCUCAUCUCCACCCUCAUCUCCACCCUCAUCUCCACCCUCAUCCAUCUCACAGCCUCGCUCUUUUUAUUUCCAUCCCUUCCAGGACGCAGGCCACCAUUUUGCUCCUUUCCUCCCUUAUCUCUCCCCACUUAGCUCUGAUGAAGAUGUCAGGUCAGGGCGAUCCAUGGGACUUGACCAGGCUGGGCUUAGCUAUGGAGGGUCUUGGGUCUUGGUGUGUGGACCGUACCAGGCUGGGCUUAGCUAUGGACCGUGUGUGUGUGUGUGUGUGUGUGUGUGUGUGUGCAUGUGUGUGUGUGUGUGCCAGUCACUCACUCGGUCUUCUCAAUCGAUACCACAAUCAGUCCAUCUCCGUGUGCAGGAACAAAGUAUCACUCGGACCUAAAUUGAGCCGUUGGCUCUGAGGGUCCUUCAUCAGUUGUCAAGAUGGCGGCCUGAGAUGGAUGCGCCCCCGUCAGGAGGCGCUAAAUGAGACUGGCAUGAUAAAGAGUUCAACGUGAGAAAGUAUGCAUGCCUGCCAGAGAUGAAUGACCCCCAAAUGGUUUUUUGUCUCAGUGGGACCGCCUGGCCUGGAGACUAGACCAGGCGGACCCCCCGCCUGCUGUAAUUACCGUCAUGGCUUAGCCUUAAUAAUAGUGCCGCUUGUCUCUUGGGCAAAGGACUCACCUGAAGGGAGGGGAGGGGAACCUUUGGAAGAGUAUAGAGGGUCUCUGAUACUGAUACUGAUACUGAUACUGCUGAGGCGAUAUCGUCACUUCAGUGGAGGAAUGUAACUAUUUUUUAUUAAGACGUGGGUCUACACCAGCCUUUCAACUAUAAUGUCCACUCAAUUGGCUAAUGUCAGUGUAAAGGUUACUAUAGGGGUGUUAUGUCAUAUAUGGUGGGCUCUAAUGUUUAAAUGUAUUUAUAAGGUAGUGAACAGGUUUUCUAUGGUCUAACUGCAAAAAUAUUCUAUUUCUAAAUAAGGAUUCCUACUUCAUGGAAAGUCACUCUAACAAGGUAGUACAGUACAGUAUAGUACUCCGAAAGUGAAGUUUUACCAAAGUUUCUGUAAAGGAAGUAGCCAGAGCAAACACUAAAAGUAUAAAAGUAUAAAGUUUGGAAGUCCUCUGUGUACUUUGUGGAAGCAGCUAAAGUCUAAAUUGUUAGGGGAGCAGGAGGAGUCAGGGAGUCCCACGUGCCGUAAAGCAGCACUUCUCCGACAGCCUGGGGCUGUGUGGGGGGGUGGAUGGGGGGGGGGGGCGGUCUGAUCCCGACUAAAGCCUGCAGGUGAAACUGCUGGUUGAAGCUUGGCUGUAGGAAAGGACAGCGGAGGCACGCAGCGUGUCGUGUGUUGACGGAAGGAAAUUGGGUUUUCCAUGUUGCCGGCAUGUCCACUCUUGCUCUGGGAACGCCGCUAUCUCCGUUAUCUCACUUUGGACCGAAAUUGCUUCAAAGCCUGGAUAACCUUUUGAAGAACAAAGCUUCCAGAAGACGCCAGGCUUUUAUGAAUGAUACAACACAGACCGCAAGAUACAGUUCUAAAAUACCCCCCCAAAAUACCCCCCUAAAAUACCCCCCAAAAUAGGCAAUCUUAACAACAUCAGCAGCAAAGCCUGGUUGCUGAAGUGACUUAUUUAACCUCCACAUUUCCUAUUUCAGUAGGCAGGUCUGGAGAAAAACAGUUGCCUCCAUUUGGCUAGCUUCCCUUCCUGGCCCGUGCCUGAAGGGAGCCCAGGGGAGAGAUGCGAGUUUGACUCUGCAAGGACAGCUCAAGGAUGGUACGGUCCGUACGUCCCCGUGGUCAUUAGGCUGCUCCCCAACCCGUAUGGACUCAUCAUCCAUAUCGUUCCCUCCUCCGUCUCUGGUGGCUUCCUUGUCCGUCCCGGUGCAUGCCAGACAGACGCCGCCCCCCCACCUCUGUGAGACCCCCCCAUGAUGUAUCUCUUUGAUGACUGAUGGUCUUUCACUCUCCCAGGCCCAGUCAGCUCUAAUAAAAAGUCUAAAGUCAUGUUACAUUAAUACCACGGGUACGCCCUCUCUGGGGGGCCGCGGGGGGAAAGAAGCGAUGCGAGAGCAUAGAGUGUGAAGGGUACGACGUAAAGGAAGUGGACAGGAAGUCAGGCGAGACAGAGAAUGUAAAGGAGGGAAGGGAUGCAUGAAUAUUCCAUAUAAUAUUCCAAGGAUGUAUAGAAACACAAUGAAGAUGAUAUCAAAUGGAGUGUCCCUCUUGCUUCCUCUUCUCUCUAAAGCAUUUCCUCCCCUACGCUGGGCUUGCAUCAUGCUAGCUAGCACCACUGUAGGCUAAAUGCUUUUCAUGAAGUAUGUUUUAGUUUUUAUGCUGAAUAUGAAGCCAGAGGGAUGCUGUUUAUGGAGAUGGUCGUUAGACCGGUGGGUUCGAUUCCCUGUCCAUCACGCAAAUCCACAAUAAAUUAAGAGUAGCUGAGUUCUUGGGUUUUUGAUUAGUUACUGUAAAUGUAUUUGUUAAAUAGCCCACCAUGGGGCCAAUAAAGUUGCAAAAUCCAGCAUUUUGACAAAGGUGAAAAACAGUAUUUGAUUUGCAACUUGUAUGGAAAAGUGGGAAUCAUUUCAUUCAUCAUUUCUAUUUAUUUUGCAUUGCAUCAUUAUUCUCCAUCAAUGUAUUUUGUGUUGAUAUUUGUGGGUACCAUGGACAGAGUCAGUGAAUUUACAUGGUUUCCUAUGGGGAAAAAUAGCUUGUUUUUUUGUACUUUUCCAAGCUUUUUAUAUUCAACAUUUUGGAAGAAAUGAAUUAAAAGUAAUAUUUCAUCAACAUUAUUACCUUACUAAAAGAAAAAAAACAUCGGAGCAGUGAUGGCCGCCGUGUGGUUGGCCUCAUCUCCUAACAACCAUUCCCACCCACAUUCCUACCUAUGGACAACUUGGAGCGGCCAAUUACUCAAACCGGAGUACCGGGUAAAAACAAGUCGACAUAAUCCACCUAGUCGGCGUAUGGCAGUAAUACGCAGGGUAGAAGUUAUGAGGCCGAAGCGUCAGGUUUGGUGUUCUGGUUACGGAGUACUGUUGGAAUAAUUGUACAUAAAGUUAUCCUAUUUUUACUAUAUUCUUAUGACCUAUUUUUACUAUAUUCUUAUGACCUAUUUUUCUUAUGACCUACAAACAUUUCGUAUCACUCACAUAACAAAGUAAGAUUAACUCUGUACAUGUGUUUCAUAUCACUCACAUAGCAAUGUAAGAUUAAUGCUGUGACGCCUGCACUUGUGGUGUACAUCAUGAUUAAGGGAAAACAGAACAUGACAGAACAUUCCUUAGCAGAUAGUUUUAACACCCUCAGGGGACAUAGGCACGGGUCAGAAGUAGAUAUGACCUCAAAGGGUAUGUGUGUGUGUGUGUCCGGAGAAUCGCAUGCCAAGGAUGAGAUAUCUACACAUAUGGAUAACAUGUUGUGCAAAGAAACUGGUUUUAACUAGAAUGAUUAAACCCCCCUUCCCUCACCUAGUUGAUUGUACAGGGCCUUCCUUCAAUAAAAAGGCAAGAGGGCAGGAACUGCUUCAGAGUGAGGUGGCGAAUUGUUACUGAACGGUUCCUGAUCACUCUCCUUGCAAGUAAAAAGAAACUCAUCUCUCUGCGUCUUCCUUUGUACAGGCAGUGUUUUUCUACAAGUGUCGGGGUCUAAACCUGACAUUUUAUUGGUCCUUCGAGCCGGAUUUCCAAGACACCUGACGAUCCCAGCGGGCAAGCGAGAUCCAGGCAAGACUGUGGCCACAGCAUUAAGACCCUUUCCGGGACUGGUCCCUCUCUUGCGGGCUGGGAUCCGAAGGUUGAAGGAGAUCCAGAGACGCAGAGAUUGUGAGUACAAAUUUUGUUUAAAAGGAAUGGAUGUGUGAAAAAGGUAAAAUAGACAAUAAAAGAACUUUAAAGAGAGGGUUCUAAAGAAAACAGAGAAAAGAAUAAAAAAAUAAGUGACAAACCCUGCAGGUCACAAAGGUGAAAUAGACAAACCCUGCAGGUCACAAAGGUGAAAUAGACAAACCCUGCAGGUAAAAAAGGUGACAAUGAAAGUACUUUAAAGAAAACAGAGAAAAGAAUAAAAAAAAGUAAGUGUACCAAACCCUGACAAUUCUAGGCUCUAUCAGGUCCGACAGUUAAAUUCCGUAGGUGGAGUAGACGCCCCUAGUUGAAACAGACUAGUUAAAUUCUACAUAGGAUGGCGGAGUCCUCUGGGCGGUAAAAAUAAAAGGCGCGCGCAGUGUGAAUGUGUGAAUGUGUGAGUGUGUGAAUGAAAAUACAAUUACCACUAGGUAACUGUGUUUUAUACCAAACCAACAAGAAGUAAAUGGUGAGCCUUUGUGGAUGCUUGUAGGCAAGAAAAUUCCACCUGAAAAGGUUGAAGAGAAUUUUACCACAAAAGGUUGUUGAUCACCAUCUUGUUGAAAAUAACCCCAGUGUUAGAACACGACAGGUGUUAAGAACCACUGGGUCCAAAUUUAGUUCAAAAUGGGGAAGGGACAAAGUAAAGAAAAACAAAAGGUCCUUGAAGAACUCCCAUGCAAAGACUGGAAGAUAGUUGUAAAAGAGGAUAGUCUAGCAGUAGAACCCCUAUAUUAUUGGAUAAAACAGUACAAAUUCAACAGAAAAUUAUUCACGGCAUGUAUUAGGGAGUUACAACAAAACAUAGAAAAGAAAUGUAAGCAAAACGAGAACAAGAAAGCAAAAAGGCGAGGCGAAAAUGAAGGAAGGAAGAAAAGCGAGAGAUAGAGCAGAAAGUGAAGGUUGUAAAAAGGAAGAGUUAUAUAAGAUAGUAAGGGAAAUUUUACUUCAUGAAUAUCAGAAAGAUGAAGAAAAAGUAAUGAAAGAAAAAGACUCAGACACAUUUUAUACACAAAAGGAAGGUAACGAAAGAAGGGUUAUGCCAACUCGGAGAAGAUUUGGAGGAAGAGGUAGAGGAACAGGUAGACAGAAUAUACAAAACUAUCCCAACAAUGCUGGAUGUUGGAAUUGCGGUGAAGAAGGUCACUUCUCCCGUGAUCGUGUCAAAGGCCAGUACAAAAGGAACCAAAAGCGAUAUUCAGCACGACUAGACUUGUCUUAACAAAUACAACCAGAACCAAAUGAUGAACCAGUAGUAUAAUUACAAGUACAACCAAAUAAAACUAAAUUCAUAUGAAGGAAUAAAACCAGCAAUAGAAGAUUUGUUCAAAAAUUUAAGUCUUAGUAGAAUGCGAUAACCCACCACGUAAUAUCGAUGUCACAUGGUUCACCGUAGUAGACAUCAGGCAUUCUUCUCCAUUCAAAUAGAGAAAGAAAGUUCAGGUUCGCAUUUAUGUUUGCAGAAAGAAUAAAAAACAAAUAGAUAUAUAUAUAAUUUAUUCACAAGCAAUGAUGGCCAGUAUGUCCACGUUCGAACCCCCAAAUGGAAGCCAGAAAUUAUUAUAUGUAGAUGACAUCCUACUAGCGUCACAAGAUAGGAAGUCAUGUGAAGAAGACAAUAGCCUUAUUGCACCAUUUAGCGAAAGAAGGCCAUAAAGUGAGUAAAGACAAACUACAAUUUUGUAAGCAAUCAGUGAAGUAUUUAGGCCAUCAGUUGACAGGACAAGGGCGAACCAUUCUAACAGACAGAAAACAAGCAAUCUUAAAUGAAGCUAAACCACAUUUAACACUUGAGCGAUGCACCACGCUCAACCCAGCUACCCUUCUACCAUUCCCUGAGGAAGGCCAACCACAUGAUUGUUAUGAGCUAACAACACAAACUGCAAAGUGUACACCAGACCUAUUAGAUCAGACACUAACAUAAAGGGGUGAUUUUGUAGAUGGUUCCUCAAAGAAAAAUUAUUUGGGAAAAACAAUAACAGGCUAUACAGUCUUAGCGCUUACAGAAGCAUGCAAAUUAAUGAAAGGUCAAAAGGUGACAAUUUAUACUGAUAGCCAAUAUGUAUAUUCAACAGUACAUAUCUUUGCACAAUAUUGGCAAAACAGAGGUAUGACAACAUCAACGAGAAAACCAGUAACUCAUGCAGGAUUAUUAACAACUUUACUAGAAGCAGUGCAAUUACCAAAACAAAUUGCUGUAUGUAAAUGCAUGACACAUAUACUAAUAAUUCGGAUCCAAUAUCUUUAGGAAAUAUGUUCGCUGAUAAAAUGGUAAAACAAGCGGCACUAAAGGAACUGAACCAUCUUAACACAGAAAAAUUACAAGUACACUUUGAGAUCCUGGCAGACAUGUAACAACAGAGUCCGAAGCGAGAAAUUGACCACUGGCUAAGGAAUAAAGCAACCCUGGACAAAAAGGUUAAUAUGUCGAUAGAUAAUAAAACAAUCUUGAAGAAAAUUUUUUUUUGCAUAAGUGGGACGCUAUUUUGAGCCAUGGUUUUACACAUGUCUCAACAGGAGGGAUAUGUGAUAUGUGCCAUGCCACACUAUUAACACCCACUUUACUACGUAUGGAUUUUUGUAUUUUUGUAGGAUUUUGUAGGAUUUAAUUCUUAUUUAAAAAAAUUUUGUAGAGCAUGUUUAGCGUGUGCAAAACACAAUGCCCAGGGCAGCUUGCGACCUCGGCGUGGCCAAUUUCAAAAACCACAAUACUUAUUUCAAGAAAUACACAUGGACUUCAUUGAACUCAACAACAGUGAAGGGAAAAAAUUCUGUUUCGUGAUAAUAGACUCAUUUUCAAAAUGGAUAGAACUGUUUCCUACAAAACAUCCAGAUGCACUAACAGUAGCUAAAGCUCUAUGUAAGGACAUAAUUCCACGCUAUGGUAUUUCAGAAAAAAAAAAUAAAAAUUUUAUAGUGAUAAACGAUGACUAAAUUAUCCAUCUCCAUCUUAGUGUUUACCCUAACCGUACCCGUUUGAGCAUUGUGGUAUCUGCUGUAGAUUUGUAGCUCCUCAACGACCUUCAGAGGAAGUCCGGCUACAAAGGGGGCUGUAAUUCUAGUUUGCAGUCGUCUCAAACCGGUGAAGAUUGUCCACAACUCUGUUGCGUCAUUAGGAGGGGUUGCAGGUCUGCAGGUAAGAUGAUCACUCAGACGCAUAAAAAUAAUAAUAAUAAUAAUUAAUUAGCAGCAGUAGGAGGACUGAUCGGAAUAAUAAUAGUAAUGUCAACAUUGCUAUGGGAAAAGAAUCUUAGCAUGCAGAAAAGAAGGGUGGGGGACCCUAACAGAUCACAAACACAGGUCGAC